GCGCAGCCAAGCUGUCAGCCCAUGUGGCGUGGCCGCGCGGGGAUGGCCGCGGUUUAAAUAGCGCCGGCGCGGCCUAGAGGGAGCCAGAGAGACGGCAGCGGCGCCUUCGCUCUGCCCCCUGCUCCGUGCUCGUCGUCCGCCGGUGCCCGCGCCAGAUAAGAGCCAUGGAGGAGGUGGUGAUUGCUGGCAUGUCCGGGAAGCUGCCCGAGUCAGAGAACCUGCAGGAGUUCUGGGACAACCUCAUCGGUGGUGUGGACAUGGUCACAGAUGAUGACCGGAGAUGGAAGGCAGGGCUCUAUGGGCUUCCGAAGCGGUCUGGCAAGCUGAAGGACCUGUCUAAGUUCGACGCCUCCUUCUUCGGCGUCCACCCCAAACAGGCACACACAAUGGACCCCCAGCUCCGGCUGCUCUUGGAAGUCAGCUAUGAGGCCAUUGUGGAUGGAGGCAUCAAUCCAGCCUCGCUCCGAGGGACACACACUGGUGUCUGGGUGGGUGUGAGUGGCUCCGAGGCAUCAGAGGCACUGAGCAGGGACCCGGAGACCCUCCUGGGCUACAGCAUGGUGGGCUGCCAGCGGGCAAUGAUGGCCAACCGGCUCUCCUUCUUCUUCGACUUCAAAGGGCCCAGCCUUGCCCUAGACACAGCCUGCUCUUCUAGCCUGCUGGCACUACAGAAUGCCUACCAGGCCAUCCGCAGUGGGGAAUGCCCCGCUGCCCUCGUGGGUGGCAUCAACGUGCUGCUGAAGCCCAACACCUCAGUGCAGUUCAUGAAGUUGGGCAUGCUUAGCCCUGGGGGGACCUGCAAGUCCUUUGACAACUCAGGGGAUGGGUAUUGCCGCUCUGAGGCUGUGGUGGUUGUUCUGCUGACAAAGAAGUCCCUGGCCCAGAGGGUCUAUGCCACUAUACUAAAUGCUGGCACCAACACAGAUGGCUGCAAGGAACAAGGCGUGACCUUUCCCUCGGGAGAAGUCCAGGAACAGCUCAUCCAUUCCCUGUAUCAGCCAGCUGGACUAGCCCCUGAGUCUCUUGAAUACAUUGAGGCCCAUGGCACAGGCACCAAGGUGGGUGACCCCCAGGAACUGAACGGCAUUGUUCGAGCCCUGUGUGCCUCCCGCCAGGACCCUCUGUUGAUUGGGUCCACCAAAUCCAACAUGGGACACCCUGAGCCUGCCUCAGGGCUUGCAGCCCUGAUCAAGGUGCUGUUGUCCUUGGAACACGGGGUUUGGGCCCCCAACCUGCAUUUCCAUAACCCCAACCCUGCGAUUCCAGCCCUUUUCGACGGGCGACUACAGGUGGUAGACAGACCCCUGCCUGUUCGUGGUGGCAUCGUGGGCAUCAACUCCUUUGGUUUUGGAGGUUCCAAUGUGCACGUCAUCCUCCAGCCCCACACGCAGCAGCCGCCUGCACCUGCCCCCCAUGCUGCCCUGCCUCAUUUGCUGCAGGCUAGUGGACGCACUGUAGAGGCUGUGCAGGGCCUGCUGGAGCAGGGCUGCCGACACAGCCAGGAUUUGGCCUUCGUGAGCAUGCUCAAUAACAUCGCAGCCAUCCCUACAGCCGCCAUGCCCUUCAGGGGUUACACUGUGCUCGGCGUGGAGGGAGGUGCCCAGGAAGUGCAGCAGGUGUCUGCCACCAAGCGCCCGCUCUGGUUCAUCUGCUCGGGGAUGGGCACCCAGUGGCGCGGGAUGGGGCUAAGCCUCAUGCGCCUGGACAGCUUCCGAGACUCCAUCCUGCGCUCUGAUGAGGCUGUGAAGCCCUUGGGAGUGAAAGUGUCAGACUUGCUGCUGAGCACAGAUGAGAGCACCUUUGAUGACAUCGUGCAUGCCUUUGUGAGCCUCACCGCCAUCCAGAUCGCCCUCAUAGACCUGCUGACCUCCGUGGGCCUGAAACCUGACGGCAUCAUUGGGCAUUCCCUGGGAGAGGUUGCCUGCGGCUAUGCCGAUGGCUGUCUCUCACAGAGGGAGGCUGUGCUUGCAGCCUACUGGAGAGGCCAGUGCAUCAAGGACGCUCACCUUCCGCCCGGCUCCAUGGCAGCUGUUGGCUUGUCCUGGGAGGAAUGUAAACAGCGCUGUCCCUCUGGAGUAGUCCCUGCCUGCCACAACUCUGAGGACACAGUGACCAUCUCGGGGCCUCAGGCUGCAGUAAGCAAGUUUGUGGAGCAGUUGAAGCAGGAAGGUGUGUUUGCCAAGGAGGUGCGGACAGGUGGCCUUGCCUUCCACUCCUACUUCAUGGAAGGCAUCGCCCCCACGCUGCUGCAGGCCCUCAAGAAGGUGAUCAAGGAGCCACGGCCACGCUCAGCCCGCUGGCUUAGCACCUCCAUCCCUGAGGCCCAGUGGCAGAGCAGCCUAGCCCGCACAUCCUCUGCUGAGUACAAUGUGAACAACCUGGUGAGCCCUGUGCUCUUCCAGGAAGCACUGUGGCAUAUCCCAGAGCAUGCUGUGGUACUGGAGAUUGCACCCCAUGCGCUGCUGCAGGCCGUCCUGAAGCGGGGUGUGAACUCCAGCUGCACCAUCAUCCCCUUGAUGAAGAGGGACCAUAAGGACAACCUGGAGUUCUUUCUCACCAACCUUGGCAAGGUGUACCUCACAGGCAUUGAUAUCAACCCUAACAUCUUAUUCCCACCCGUGGAAUUCCCGGCUCCCCGAGGGACCCCUCUCAUCUCCCCCCAUAUCAAGUGGGACCACAGUCAAACCUGGGAUGUUCCAGCUGCUGAACACUUCCCUAAUGGCUCCAGCUCCUCUUCGGCCACAGUCUAUAACAUUGAUGCCAGUCCUGAGUCUCCUGACCACUACCUGGUAGACCACUGCAUCGAUGGCCGGGUCAUCUUCCCUGCCACUGGCUACCUGUGCCUGGUGUGGAGGACAUUGGCCCGCAACCUGGGCUUGUCCCUAGAGGAAACGCCUGUGGUGUUUGAGGAUGUAACGCUGCAUCAGGCCACCAUACUGCCCCAGACAGGGACUGUACCUUUGGAGGUGCGGCUGCUGGAGGCCUCCCGUGCCUUUGAAGUGUCUGAGAAUGGCAACCUCAUAGUGAGUGGGAACGUGUACCACUGGGAAGACCCCAACUCCGAGUUCUUCAACCACCCAGAAGACUUGAGCCCCCCAGAGUCUAUGCCUGCCUCCCACCUGACCCAGGCAGACGUGUAUAAGGAGUUGCGACUGCGGGGCUAUGAUUAUGGCCCUCACUUCCAGGGCAUCUUCGAGGCCAGCCUUGGAGGUGAAUCGGGCACGCUGCUCUGGAAAAGCAAUUGGGUUACCUUCCUGGACACGAUGCUGCAGAUGUCCAUUCUGGGUGUCGGUCAGCAGAGCCUGCGCCUACCCACCCGUGUGUCAUCCAUCCAUAUUGACCCCGUGACCCACCUACAGAAAGUGUACUCGCUGGAGGGGGAGACUCAAGUGGCUGAUGUGACGACAAGCUUUUGCCUGGGAUGCACCGUGUCUGGUGGUGUCCACAUCUCAAGAAUACACACGACAGCAGCCCCACGGCGGCAGCAGGAACAGCUGGUUCCCAUCCUGGAGAAGUUCAUCUUCACACCCCACAUGGAGACUGAGUGCCUGUCUGGAAGCACCACCCUGCGUGGAGAGCUGCAGCUGUGCAAGGGGUUGGCACAGGCUCUGCGGACCAAGGCGACCCAGCAAGGGCUGAAGAUGACGGUGCCUGGACUAGAGGACCCUCCCAAACAGGGGCUGCCUCAGCUGUUGGCAGCCGCUCGCCAGCUGCAGCUCAAUGGGAACAUGCAGCUGGAACUGAGUGAGGCCCUGGCGCAAGAGAGAGCCCUGCUGCCGGAGGACCCCCUGAUCGUUGGCCUCCUCGACUCCCAGGCGCUCAAGGCCUGUGUGGACACAGCCUUGGAGAACUUGUCCAGCCUCAAGAUGAAGGUGGUAGAGGUGCUGGCUGGCCAGGGUCACCUGUAUUCCCGAAUUCCGGCACUGCUCAACACCCAGCCCAUGCUACAGCUGGACUACACAGCCACUGACCGGAGCACCCAUGCCCUGGAAGAGGCCCAAACCAAGCUGCAGCAGCAGCAUGACGUUGCCUGGAGCCAGUGGGACCCUAUGGAUCCUGCCCCUAGCAACCUGGGUGGCCUUGACCUCCUCGUGGGCAACUGUGCCGUGGUCGCCCUGGGGGACCCAGCCUUGGCCCUAGGCAACAUGGUAGCAGCCCUCAAGGAGGGCGGUUUCUUGCUGCUCCACACAGUGCUCAGAGGGCAUGUCCUUGGGGAGACCCUAGCCUCCCUCCCUUCUGAGGCACAUCUGGGUCCCAACCUCCUGAGUCAGGAAGAGUGGGAAGGUCUGUUCUCAAGGACAGCAAUGCACCUGGUGGGCCUGAAGAAGUCAUUCUAUGGCACUGUGCUCUUCCUGUGCCGCCGAGCCACCCCACAGGACAGCCCCAUCUUCCUGCCCGUGGAGGACACCAGCUUCCAAUGGGUGGACUCUCUGAAGAGCAUUCUGGCCACAUCGUCCUCUCAGCCUGUGUGGCUAACGGCCAUGGACUGCCCCACCUCGGGUGUGGUGGGUUUGGUAAACUGUCUCCGCAAAGAGCCUGGUGGGCACCGGAUUCGGUGUAUCCUGUUGUCCAACCUGAGCCGUGCAUCUCGCCUCCCCAAGCUGGACCCUGGCUCUGCAGAGCUACAGAAGGUGCUGAAGAGUGACCUGGUGAUGAACGUGUACCGUGAUGGGGUCUGGGGUGCCUUCCGCCACUUCCUGCUGGAGCAGGACAAGCCUGAGGAGCAGACAGCACAUGCCUUCGUAAAUGUCCUCACCCGGGGGGACCUUGCUUCCAUCCGCUGGGUCUGCUCUCCCCUGAGACAUGCCCAGCCCACCAGUCCAGGAACACAGCUCUGCACAGUCUACUAUGCCUCACUCAACUUCCGAGACAUCAUGCUGGCCACGGGCAAACUGUCCCCUGAUGCCAUCCCAGGGAAAUGGGCUGCCCGGAACUGCAUGCUGGGCAUGGAGUUCUCGGGCCGAGACAGCUGUGGCCGGCGGGUGAUGGGACUGGUGCCCGCAGAAGGCCUGGCCACCUCGGUCCUGCUGUCACCGAACUUCCUCUGGGAAGUGCCCUCCAGCUGGACCCUGGAGGAGGCAGCCUCUGUGCCCGUUGUCUACACCACUGCCUACUACUCAUUAGUGGUGCGUGGGCGUGUACGGCGUGGGGAGACGGUGCUCAUCCACUCGGGCUCAGGCGGUGUGGGCCAGGCAGCGAUCGUCAUUGCCCUCAGCCUGGGCUGCCGUGUCUUCACCACUGUGGGCUCGGCUGAGAAGCGGGCAUACCUCCAGGCCAGGUUUCCCCAGCUUGAUGACACCAGCUUCGCCAAUUCUCGAGACACAUCUUUCGAGCAGCAUGUGUUGCGGCACACGGGUGGCAAGGGGGUUGACCUGGUCCUCAACUCACUGGCAGAAGAGAAGCUGCAAGCCAGUGUGAGGUGCCUGGCUCAGCAUGGCCGCUUCCUGGAGAUUGGCAAAUUUGACCUUUCUAACAACCACCCGCUGGGCAUGGCCAUCUUCCUGAAGAACAUCACUUUCCAUGGGAUCCUCCUGGACGCGCUCUUUGAGGAGGCCAACUCCAGCUGGCAGGAGGUGGCGGCACUGCUGCAGGCUGGCAUCCGUGAUGGGGUUGUGAAGCCCCUCAAGUGCACGGUGUUUCCAAAGGCCCAGGUGGAGGAUGCCUUCCGCUACAUGGCUCAGGGGAAGCACAUCGGCAAAGUCCUCAUCCAGGUGCGUGAGGAGGAACAGGAGGCUGUGCUGCCUGGGGCUCAGCCCACCCUGAUUUCUGCUAUCUCCAAGACCUUCUGCCCAGCCCACAAGAGUUACAUCAUCACUGGUGGCCUGGGUGGCUUUGGCCUGGAGCUAGCCCGGUGGCUUGUGCUGCGGGGGGCCCAGAGGCUUGUGCUGACUUCCCGAUCUGGAAUACGCACAGGCUACCAAGCCAAGCAGGUCCGAGAGUGGAGGCGCCAGGGCAUACACGUGCUAGUGUCAACCAGCAAUGUCAGCUCACUGGAGGGGGCCCGUGCCCUCAUCACUGAAGCCACACAGCUUGGACCUGUCGGAGGUGUCUUCAACCUAGCCAUGGUCUUGAGAGACGCCAUGCUGGAGAAUCAGACUCCGGAGCUCUUCCAGGACGUUAGCAAGCCCAAAUAUAGCGGCACUGUGAACCUUGACAGGGUGACCCGGGAAGCCUGCCCCGAGCUGGACUACUUCGUGGCCUUCUCUUCUGUGAGCUGUGGGCGUGGUAAUGCUGGACAAGCCAACUAUGGCUUCGCCAACUCUGCCAUGGAGCGCAUAUGCGAGCAGCGCCGGCACGAUGGCCUUCCAGGCCUCGCCGUGCAGUGGGGUGCCAUCGGUGAUGUGGGUAUCGUUCUGGAAGCCAUGGGCACCAAUGACACUGUCAUUGGUGGCACGCUGCCACAGCGGAUCACCUCUUGCAUGGAGGUGCUGGACCUCUUCCUGAAUCGGCCUUAUGCGGUCAUGAGUAGCUUUGUGCUGGCUGAGAAGGCUAUGACUCGUGGUGAUGGUGAAGCCCAGCGGGAUCUGGUGAAGGCCGUAGCACAUAUCCUGGGCAUCCGCGACCUGGCAGGUGUCAACCUGGACAGCUCGCUGGCAGACCUGGGCCUGGACUCGCUCAUGGGCGUGGAGGUACGACAGAUCCUGGAACGUGAACAUGAUUUGGUGCUGCCCAUGCGUGAGGUGCGGCAGCUCACGCUGAAGAAGCUACAGGAACUGUCCUCCAAGAGUGGCACUGCCAGUGAGCGGACAGCCCCCAAGCCCAACAACAUGGCCCCGAAGCAGGCACAGCUGAACCUGAGCACCCUGCUGGUGAACCCGGAGGGCCCUACCCUGACACGGCUCAAUUCAGUGCAGAGCUCUGAGCGGCCUCUGUUCCUGGUGCAUCCCAUUGAGGGCUCUACCACCGUGUUCCAGAGCCUGGCCGCUAAGCUCAGUGUGCCCACCUAUGGUCUGCAGUGUACCCAAGCGGCACCUCUGGACAGUAUCUCUAAUCUGGCUGCCUACUACAUUGACUGCAUCAAGCAGGUGCAGCCUGAGGGGCCCUACCGUGUGGCAGGCUACUCCUUUGGGGCCUGUGUGGCCUUUGAGAUGUGUUCCCAGCUGCAGGCCCAGCAGGGCCCAGCCCCCACCCACAAUAGCCUCUUCCUGUUUGAUGGCUCACAUACCUAUGUGAUGGCCUACACCCAGAGCUAUCGUGCGAGGAUGACCCCCGGCUGUGAGGCUGAGGCCGAGGCUGAGGCCAUCUGCUUCUUCAUACGGCAGUUCACAGAUGCAGAAUACAGCCAGGUGUUAGAGGCCCUGCUGCUACUGAAGAACUUGGAGGAACGGGUCGCUGCUGCUGUGGACCUCAUCACCAAGAGCCACCACAACCUGGACCGCCGUGAGCUGGGCUUCGCUGCCCUGUCCUUCUACCACAAGCUGCGUGCAGCUGAGCAGUACAAGCCCAAGGCCAAGUACCAUGGCAAUGUGACUCUCCUUCGGGCCAAGACUGGUAGUACCUACGGUGACAACCUCGGUGCUGACUACAACCUCUCUGAGGUGUGUGACGGGAAGGUAUCUGUGCACAUCAUUGAGGGUGACCACCGCACCUUGCUGGAGGGCACUGGCCUGGAGUCUGUCAUCAGUAUCAUCCAUAGCACCCUGGCUGAGCCUCGAGUGAGUGUACGGGAGGGCUAAGCCCUGCCCACCUCAGUGCCAUCCUCCACACCUGCCACCAGAGAUGCUCCAACGCCCACCAUGCCCUGCAUGCAGGGACUGGGGAGGGUCCUGCUGGUGGGACCUCCUGCCCCAGUGGCCCAGCACCACCUCUUACCCUGGUGGCUUCUAGAAAUAGGACCAUCAUGUGUCCCAGCCACCCCAGUGGGGUUCCCAGAGCCACUGACUUGGAGACACCCUGGUCUGUGAAAAGUCAGUGAGGGCCAGCAGGAGCCAACCUGGGCUUUCUCUAAUGUGGGAUUUGCCACAUUGGUGUUUCUCCAUUAAAUUCUCAUAUUUAUUGCAUUGGUGGGAAAGACCGCCCCACCCAGGGCUUGCUCCAGAACUCCUGGGGUUGCAUCUUGGGGCAGACUUCUGGGGGAGCACCAUGCUCACCAUACACAGGCUGCUGGCUGGAGCCCCCUUUGACCUGCCCCUGCCCACUGCAGGGCCGGGUAUGGAGAGGACUGGUCCCCAGGGAACAGGACCCCAGCAGACACUGUAGCCCACAGUCCUUGGUACCCAGUACCCCCCACCCCCACCCCGGCUGCACCCAUGAUGUAGGGCCAGCCUCGACCCUGCGGACCGCACCGGGCAUUGACUGUUUGUAUUUGUUUUCCAAGAAGAGAUUCACAUUGCUGCUUGGGUUUUGGAAUUUACUGCAACUGUCAGUAUAAAAAAAAAUAGAAACUGUCUA